CUGGCGCAUCUGCAGCAUCCAAAGCCGCAGACGAGAAUCGCCAUGAACAACACGUUCAUUUCAGUCUGAAUUUGAUUCUGUCCGAUUAAAAUCAAACCGCAUCCGUUCACCGUUUACCGGCAGGACACCGACGGCGGCGCGCAGAUGAGAGCUGUCACGCGUCCGGUUGUGUUUUGCAGGAAUGCUAGCGUUAGCGCCUAGCCCACUGUGUGUUCAAUCUAAAUAGCUGUUUUUUCAUCAGAUAAGAGACUAAUUAACACGCGUAUAGGUGUUUAAUUAGCCAAAUUAUCCGUUAUUCUGAUUAACAUUCGCAUGUCAUCUGUGUUUUCUGUGAAAAGUGGCUGGUUUUAUUAAGCUGCACAGCUGGCUGAUGAUGGAGAGUUUGACUUUCAUCCAUCAAAACAAUGAUUUCAGUGCACUUCUCGUUUGAAGGUCCGUUUUUCAACUAAGGUUGAAUGUUUACAUCGAUUUCACCGGGAUUCAAGUAUUUAUAUCGCGAUAUAGACACUAAACACAUCAAUCAUAUCAGGCCAUCUCUCAUAGAUGCUGUAUAUUUGCUUAUAGUCGACUGUGAUGCUUUAGUUUUGCACAUAUAUUACUUGUUUUCGUUUACUUGUACGGUUCAUUUAAGCUGUGAUCAGCUCUAGAACUGGACCAAGAGUCUAUGUUUGACAUUCAAAGCUGAUCUAGACCUCCUGCACCAGAACUACCAGCCUGCUUCAGUUUCUUAUAGAUUCUCAUUAAGCAGCUUUGGGAUCUUGUAGACAUCAUGAAGAAGUUCUUUGACUCCCGGAGAGAGCUGGUGGGCUCCGGGCCCGGUUCUGGAGGGGGAGCUGGAGGUUCUGGGUCUGGCAGUGGUGCUGGUGGGAAUUUCAUCGGAAGGAAUUUUACUGUAGGAAGACACCAGGUCACUGUGGAGGAAACUCUGGCUGAAGGUGGUUUUGCAAUCGUAUUUCUGGUGCGGACUAAUCAGGGUGUUCGCUGUGCCCUAAAGAGGAUGUAUGUCAACAACGAACACGACCUGCAGGUCUGCAAACGCGAGAUCCAGAUCAUGCGGGAUCUGAACGGUCAUAAGAACAUUGUGGGUUUCCUGGACUCCAGCAUCACAGCAGUGGGAGGUGGAGAUGUCUGGGAGGUGUUCAUCCUCAUGGAUUUCUGCAGAGUCAUCACAAAAGGCCAUCUGAUUGAAUGUAUUGAGCGCUGCUCUCACAGGAAGGGGCUCACAGACCCCAUUCCCACCACUGAAACCUCCAUCACACCUCGCCAGCGACCCAAAGCAGCGCAAUCCCAAUCUCAGGCACUAGGAGGCAUCCUUCCCAUCCAGCCUGCAGCCUUGACCCCUCGCAAGAGAGCCAACCUGCCUGCUGGAGCCACUCAACCCAUAGCUGUCAGUGUGAACUUGGCUCAGCCGGCGGCAGCUCUUCAGUCUCAGAAAGCCCAGGCAUCUCCGGCUCCUCAGCAGAAAACGCAGCCGAUCCCUGUCACAGUCGCUGCUACAGCAGGAGGCAUUCCAGCUGGAAGCCCCGCCCCUCAAAAAGCAGUAGCCACGCCUCCUCCAUCAAGCCCCGCCCCACCUACAGCACCUGCACGGAGUGCUCGUCGCAAGCAGGCAUCAGUGGCUCAACAGCAGUUAGUGGUAGCCCCGCCUACUGCCACUCAGCCAGCCAUUGCCAAGCCCCCAGCACAGGCGGAGCCAACAGUAGCUCCUCCCACCAUCCAGCAGCCAGCGCCUCCAUCCCAGAUCAGCCCAGAGGACGCGGAGGAGAGGCCUGCAGCCCCUGGCCUGUCCCAGACUCCACCCUCAUCCCCAAGGACGGCCCAGAAGGCGGGGCACAGACGCAUUCAGAGUGAUGUCACCCACAGCGCCAUGUUCGGAGUGCCAGUCAGUCAGUCCACUCAGCAGCUGCAGGCAGCCACAGCCGAGGCCAGCCUUAACAAGUCAAAGUCAGCUAGCGCUACUCCAUCCAACUCUCCCCAGUCCUCCCAACAGAGUGUGUACCAGCCUGCCCAGCAGCAGGCCAGUGUUUCUGUCUCUCAAGCUCCUGCCUCAGCCGCUAAUCUGACAAGCCCUCCAUCCCAGCCCACCUGGAAUCCCUUCGAUGAUGACAAUUUCUCCAAACUCACAGCCGAGGACCUGCUCAACAAGGACUUCACCAAGCUAGCUGACGAACCCGUUGAACCAUUGAUUGUCACUACUGACAGUCUUAUUCCUGGACUGGAAGCUGCAGAAUCUGCUCCUCCAUCUUCUGCUGAACGACCUGCUGAUAUUCUUGGCUUGGAACCUGGAGCUGGUUUGCUAGCUGUGCCAGAGAAGCUGAUAGAGGGCCUAAAGUCUCCAGAUACCUCUCUCAUGCUGCCUGAUCUGCUGUCCAUGGCUGAUCCCUUUGGCAGCUCCAUUGAGGAAACCAGAGAUGUGAAUACGGAUGUGUGUUUGGACUCUCUGAUUCCUGGCUUGGAGUUCCCUCAGGCUCAGCUGCAACCUGUGGAGGCAGAAUCGGCAUCAUUAGUACUGACAGACCCAUUGAUUGGAGACGACUCAUUGCUGGGUGGUCCUCUUCCCUCUAGCUCCGCCUCCUGCCUUGAUGACUUUGCAUCGCUUUCAGGAGGCCCCUCCCAGAACAUACCAGCUGCAGAGCAGUGUUUGAUCUCAGGCUUUGAGCCUUCGAGUGCUGAAACAGCCAAUGAAGAUGAAUUUGACCCCAUACCUGUCCUGGUGUCCAAAAACUCUCAAGAUGAUCUGCCUAACGUUAACGGCUAUGAAUCUGCAUCAGGCAUCCAAAGCUCAGAUGUUCCUGCAGAAGAAGAAGAGGAGGAAGUUUUGCACAUGUGCAGUGGAUCGAAGCUGCUCCUGCUGGACUCUAAACUCCUCAACACUACAUCUCUCAAACUCUCUCCAUCAUCCUCUCCAGAUGUCUUCUCCAGCGCCCCGUUCCCAGGCUGUGGGCCAGAUGGUAGGGACAUCUUCACCAGCGCUCCAUUUCCACAAAUUCAGCAAUCUCGUCCGCAGCCUGACGUCUUCCUCCAAGCACCAUUUUACAAAAGGAGCGAAUCACAUGUUGCACAGAUCUCCAAUGGUGGUGAUCCUGUUGUUCCUCAUCCGCCGGUGCACAGUCAGAUCCGCUUCCCAUACUGCGCCGAGGCUCCGAUGCCCCAACAGCCCAUUGCGGCCCAUCGUGUAGUGUCUAGUGUGGGCCAGCAGGCGGCCAUCAGCUCCGUUCCUGUUGGACCGCUUCACUCCUGGACAGUGGGUGUUCGAGCGGUUAUGGACCCCUUCCUGGCGGCCCCGUUCCAACCCCGGGGCCCAAUGGGAAAGCCUUAAAGCGAUUAGUUCACCCAAAAUGGUACAUUUACUCACUAUUUACUCACUCUCAAGGGGUUUCACAUAGGGCUGCACAUUAUAUGGUUUCAGCAUUAAUACACUCAAAAAAUAAUUCAUUGGAUGAACUCAAUUUAAUGGAGGUCGAUACAGCAACACAAUGGAUCUGAAAUAAAACAAACAAGAUGUGCUUUAACUGCAGACUGUCAGCUUUAAUUUGAGGGUAUUUACAUCCAAAUCAGGUGAACGCUGUAGGAAUUACAACAGUUUGCAUAUGUGCCUCCCACUUGUUAAGGGUCCAAAAGUAAUUGGACAGAAUAAUAAUCAUAAACCAAACUUUCAGUUUUCAGCUUUCAGUUUGGUUGCAAAUCCUUUGCAGUCAACUACAGCCUGAGGUCUGGAACGCAUAGACAUCACCAGACAUUGGGUUUCAAUCCUGAUGGUGGUCUGCCCGGCCUCUACAGCAACUGUCUUCAGUUCCUGCUUGUUCUUGGGUCGUUUUCCCUUCAGUUUUGUCUACAGCAAGUGAAAUUUAAGCUCAAUCGGAUUCAGGUCAGGUGAUUGACUUGGCCAUUGCGUAACAUUCCACUUCUUUCCCUUCAAAAAAUUUUUGGUUGCUUUUGCAGUAUGCUAUGGAUAAUGAGGGAAUAACACACCUGCCCAUGGAAUGGCUUAGAGGCCAAUUGUCCAAUUACUUUUGGACCCUUAACAAGGGGGAGUCACAUAUGCAAACUGUUGUAUUUCCUACAGC